GACAGAUUCUGACAGUCAAGUCAGAUUAAAGUCACAAUCUUCAAAUUAACUUGAAAGUGUUCUGAUCAUCUUCUUCACAAUGGCAGUCCAAGCUGGCAAAUACUUGACCGAACAACCUGAUGACGUGGUACCCUGCUCCUUAGAAGAUCCUGACUUUACGGAGAUCCUCACUAAAAAUCUUCAGACUAUAUUUAUUAACUGGAGUGAUGGAUUACCUGGUUCUGAUAUAGUCGGACCGGUGGAUCCAUUCUGUAUAAAGGAAUUAGAUCUGAAAAGAAACUCAUCACCAGAUGACAGCGACCAAAUAAACCUUAAUACGGUCUUGAAAAAUAUUGUUAUCAAAGGCGCGAGACGAGCAACACUUAGUAAUCUCGAAUAUGAUCCCGCCAAAUAUGAAGUCAAAGUUACAUAUGAAAUUCCCAGUUUAAGCAUUGAUUUGGACUACAAGGUUAAAGGAACUUCGAAUUCAGUAAUUCUAGACGAAGAGGGCAAGGGUCAAUUAGAAGUUGGAUACGUUGCUUUGAGCUUUGAAGUAAUACUUAAACCAAGAGUCAAAGACGAAGAUACGUUUCUAGACGUGGUGAAAGUCGAAGCUAGUUUUGGCAAUGUCGAAGACCUUAAAAUCAAACUGGAUGAUUUGUUUGGAGACGAUCAAGAACGCAAGAAAGAUGCUCAUGCAUUUUUACAUAGAAACUGGGAAGAUAUUUUCGAGAAUUUUCAACCCCUCUUUGACUAUGUCGCUCGAACGAUGUUAGCAGAUCGUGCCAAGAAGAUCUUAAGCUACAUUCCAGCGAAUUUUAUAAUAUCGGACAUUCGCUAAGUAAACAUGUAAAAAUAAAAUGAAUAAUGAAUAAACGUAUGUUUACACUA